GGCGGCGGCGGCGGCGGCGGGGUCCCAGAGGGGCGGCCGGGCCGGGAGCGUGCUGCGCUGGUUCACCACCGUGAUGGUGUUUGCCGCCUUCCUGGGGCUGGGAAUGAGUGUUGCUAUACUGGGACCCACGUUUCAAGAUUUGGCAACAAAUGUGAACCGAAAUAUCAGUAGUCUUUCUCUAAUUUUUGUGGGCCGUGCCAUUGGGUAUUUGACAGGUUCUGUGAUUGGUGGAGUUCUUUUUGACUUUAUGAAUCAUUUUUUACUUUUGGGGAUAUCACUGUUGGUUACCACAGCUGGUCUUUAUCUUGUUCCUUUUUGCAAGACAGCAGUAUUGCUGAUUGCCAUGAUGUCUGUCUUUGGUGUUUCACUUGGCUUUCUGGAUACAGGUGGUAAUGUCCUUAUAUUGGCUCUUUGGGGGGACGAAGGAGCCCCACAUAUGCAGGCCUUACACUUCAGUUUUGCCUUGGGUGCCUUUUUGGCGCCACUGCUGGCUAAAUUGGCAUUGGGCGCAACAGUGCCUGCUGAAAACCACACAGAGCCUGACUUUCACCAUCCUCUCUGCAACCGAUCAUCUGAAGCUGACUCAGAAUGUCUAUUUGGAGCACCUGAUGAUUUGAAUUUACUGUGGGCUUAUGCUGUUAUUGGUACUUACAUUUUGAUAGUUUCUAUCUUUCUUUUUAUUUUGUUUUUAAAGAAAAGCUCAAGGCAGGAAAAAGCAAAACUAUCUGUUCAGAUGUCCCGAAGAGCUAAAUAUCACAAUGCCCUUCUUUGUCUCCUUUUUCUGUUCUUCUUUUUUUAUGUUGGAGCUGAGGUAACAUAUGGCUCUUACGUUUUCUCAUUUGCAACCACCCAUGCUGGUAUGAAAGAAAGUGAAGCGGCUGGGUUGAACUCCAUCUUCUGGGGGACUUUUGCAGCCUGCAGAGGCCUGGCAAUCUUUUUUGCUACAUGUUUGCAACCUGGAACCAUGAUUGUGUUGAGCAACAUUGGCAGCCUAGUGUCAUCUUUAUUUCUGGUGCUCUUUGACAAGAACCGAAUUUGUCUCUGGGCAGCAACGUCAGUGUAUGGGGCCUCAAUGGCAACCACGUUUCCCAGCGGAGUUUCUUGGAUUGAGCAGUACACAACCAUCCAUGGGAAAUCUGCAGCAUUUUUUGUAGUUGGUGCUGCCCUGGGUGAAAUGGCUAUUCCUGCCAUGAUUGGAAUUCUUCAAGGAAAACACCCUGAUUUGCCUGUAGUCCUGUAUACCUCUUUGGGGUCAUCAGUAGCCACUGCGAUUUUAUUUCCUGUGCUGUAUAAAUUAGCCACCGCACCUCUUGAUCGCCAGCGAAAAGGAAACAGAAAGACGGAGGACCAGAAAGCUUUGCUUUCUAGCUCUGGGCUGAAUGACUAUGAGGAAGAGAACGAAGAGGAUGAUGCGGAAAAAUGGAAUGAAAUGGAUUUUGAAGUGAUUGAAAUGAAUGCCACAAUGAGGCAGUCUGUAACAGAGACAUCUAGAAAUGUUUUGAUGGAGCCCACAGCAGCUGAAGUCUCUAACCAAUUCCUCUCAGGUGCAUUGGUGUUUGAAUCCUCUGCAGCCAACACUGGCAACUCACUUGUGAACCACCUUGCCAGAAACCAGGACAAAAGGGACUAACACUUAGAAAAGAUGGAUCACUUACUGACUUCCUUAAAUAAUCACCACUUCUGAAGAGCCCAGUAAGAGCAGAGCAUUACCAGAUUUUCAGCAUGCUUUGGGGAUAAAAAUUUUAGGUCCGAUUAUACAGCAAAUGCUAAAAAGUUUUGAAAUGUUCUGUAAUUCCAAGAGUCUUCCAUAAAUAACCAAAUGGUCUCAUAUAGUAAGAUCUUGUUACGAGACUAGUGUUUGGCAUGUGGCUGAUCAGGUAAUAUUUUGUGGCCUUUACUCCUCAGAGCAUGCAAAGAAGGCAUUUGUUUUUGAGAAGUUGGGUACUGUUCUAAUAGAAUGAAACCAUGUAGGAGUUGAAUUGAUUUGCUGAACAAAGUAUCACACAUCAAUAUUUUGCCAGGGAAGUUGAAGAGUAGUUUCACGAAAGAGCAUUGGAAAUGACAGAUAAGCUUUACUAUGUUUUAUCUUAUCUGUAGGGUUGAACCAAAAAAUGCUACUGACUUAAUUGAUUUCUGAUAUCUGUGAAGAGAACAUAGGACAGGGCCCAAGCGACCUGGCCUCAAACUUUGGUCUGCCUUCACCCUCUGUACACAGUCACUUAAUGUAGACCUCAUUUAUCUCAUCUUCUGAUCAUCUCUGAUUCUAGAAAUGCAAGUGAGAUGAUUUCCAAAUUGGGAAUCCAUACGUUUUGAAGUUUGUGCAAGACGUCUGCUAGAAAUUAAUGUUAAGUGCCAGCUCAUUCUUCAUUUCAAGUGAGAAAUGAAACAAAGAUGAUAAAUAGCUUUAAGAAUGUACUACUGAUUGUGAAUACAUGUCAAUUUAAUAUACUUGAUGUUUAAUACUUUAUUUGAAUAAUUAUCUGAAGGACACAUUUUUUAGUUCUGCAUUUUGUCAGUUCUAAGACAUAACCUUUUUUUCCCACACUUUUAACAUCUCUGAAGUCAAGAUAUGUCUUACAGUUAAUGAUCAUUUAACAUUGUGACAAAGUUUAAUUGACAGACUUUU